UCAAGUUUAAAGAUUUUUUGUUUGAUUUCUUGUUUGUAUACGAAUCAGAGACACAGACAGUGUACACAACAAUUUAAACUUCCAGUCAAUAUUUAUCUUAUAUGGUGUAUAUAUAUGAUUGAAAUUAGUGCUAGAUAUUUAAUAACAUUCUUGCGAAUUGUUUGAAUCUCUGUAAAUUCCUCAAGCGUUUAGACAUGCAAGACGUAUCCGAAUUCAACAUAAGCUUUGUGAAGCUUGUCGAGGCACAGCCCUGCCUUUAUGAUACAACCACCGAUGAUUACUAUCGCGGACAUGUCCAAGACCAAGCUUGGGGUACAAUCGCGCGGACUAUUGGCCCAACUGUGACUGUGAAAGAAUGCAAAGCCAGGUGGAGGAACUUGCGAGGAAGGUUCACUAAGCAUUUGAGAAGCUAUACGUCGUCAGAUCCCGUCGAAAACCAUAAGCGUCCCUAUUACUUGGCAGAACAUUUGGAAUUUUUGCUUCCUUUCACAAAAACUAAAAAGUUGGGAGAAGACGACGACACACCAUUUGAAGAUCACAUUUCACGAUUCUUGGAAAUCGAUUCCUCAAUUCCGGACAGACCCGUAGAAGGAGAGGAACCAGAAGCAAAUGACAUUGAAUUGAAAUAUCCAACUAGAGCUCCUAGCGAAGCGGAUCGCAAUGAUCGAUUGGGUCAUGACCGAUACGAGUCAUAUCAUAUGCACGAUGCAGAACGCAAACAUAGUUCAAAUAAACGGGUAGCGUCUUACGAUCCAGAUUUCGUAACAAUGCAAGACAAGCACCGACGAUUGAAUAGCUCUGGAAUGUGUCAACGAAAACACGCUGACCAAGAGGAAAGCAGUAGACCUCGCCCAUCGCAAGACCUCGUCGACUACAGGGAUAGUGAUGUUCUUUUUCUAAUGAGUUUACUGCCAGACCUGAAGCGGAUGUCCGACGUGCAGAAAAGAAACUACAAAAUCGGAAUACUCAGCCUGGGUGGCGAAAUUCUCAAUCAACAUUCGGCACAACCCGAUGCCAUUGAGAGGCUGGUAAGACGAAAUUCUUCCUACAUGUCCCCGGAUUCAGGAAUACCCCGAUCGCAGCGGAAAAGAGCCCAAACAUCAGAGAAUGAGGAAUCCACAGAAAAUUCUACGUCUAAUUAGAAUUAGAGUCUAUCGGUCAUAUAGAAUAUAAGUAAGUAUAAAUCAUGUAAACCAGGACGCAUACUCAGAUAAAAACGUAAAAAAUCACCGCGUUUAUAAAGAUUAUAAAAAACGACGGUUACAGCAAAAAAGGGAGAAUUUUGGCGAAAAUCAAAUGUUAACUUCGUUGAAUGCAACAUUAGAUUUGAAUGUAACAAACUUAUUAGAUGUAAAUUUGAUUAUAGACCCAGAUGAUUAGUUGUACUUCAAUCUAUCGUAUAUGUGUGUAAAAUAAAUAACAAAUAUUUCUCUUGCGUAAUAAUCAACUUAAUGUAUGAAUAUUGCUCACCUUGACCAUCAUUAAUUAUAAUGUAGGUCGGGUAGGUCAUCAUAAUAAAAAAGUACUGAGCGACAGUUUCUCCGAGGUAUACUAAUUUAUUU